AUGGGUUCACAGAUUGCACCGCUUGAGCUAUGGCGACAUCCGGACCCGGAAUCCACGCACAUGUACAAAUUUCUGCAGCAUGUCAAGACCAAAUACAGUCUGGACAUUGACGAUUAUCCGGGCCUAUACAAGUGGUCGAUUGAGAAUGUUGCUGCGUUUUGGGAGGAUGUGUGGCGAUUCUGCGGCAUUCAGGCGUCUAAGCCGUACACCGAGGUCUUGCCACCAAAGGCACCGAUGUAUCCGCGCCCAGACUUCUUCUCGGGCGCUUUACUGAACUUCGCGGAAAACAUGCUGUUUCCCAAGAACGCCAAUAUCUCAGAUACGUCACCCGCAACCAUCACAGUCACUGAGCUGGAAGGCAAGGAGGUCACGACCACCUGGGCCGAGCUUCGUGAAGCCGUACGGCAAUGCUCCAAUGCACUGCGGGCCGCCGGUCUGAAGAAGAACGAUGUGGUAGCUGGCUUCGUAUCAAACCACGUGCAGGCUAUCGUGGCCAGCCUCAGUGCAGCAGCCAUUGGUGCCGUGUGGACUGGGAUCAGUCCUGACAACGGAGUGAGCGCUGUGCUGGACCGCCUAGCCCAGAUUGGACCCAAAGUACUAUUUGCGGAUAACGGGAUGGUCUACAACGGCAAGUCAUGGGCCAGCACGGAGAAGACGCUACAGGUCGUGGAUGGUCUGAAGGACAAGGGACUCGAACUUGUGGUUGUGAUCAACAACAUCGACGUCGAACUGGGUUUGGCAGAUAUAGAAGCAAAGGCAGUGAAAGCCGUGGAGUUCGAGAGCUUCAAGAGCUCCAGCUCAGAGGAGCCCCUCAAAUUCGAGCAGCUGCCGCCAUCCCAUCCACUAUACAUCCUCUACUCUAGUGGCACAACUGGCCUUCCGAAGGCUAUUGUGCACACGGCACUCGGGACGUUGAUCCAGCACAAAAAGGAGCAUUUCCUCCAUUGCUCAAUUGACUCUUCCUCGACCAUGCUCUACUACACCACGACCUCGUGGAUGAUGUGGCACUGGAGCAUUGCAGCCCUCGCCUGUGGUGCAACCCUCGUGCUAUACACAGGGUCGCCAUUCAAGCCCAACGGCUACCUUUCCCUUCCGAUGCUCCUGUCUAAGUUCAAGGUUACGCACUUCGGUACCUCGGCUGCGUAUCUAACCACCUUGGAAACCAACAACGUCCUGCCAGUCAAGGAGGCAGACCUGGACCUGUCACAUUUGCAGGCCAUAUACUCUACAGCAUCACCCUUGCCGCCAUCCACCUUCAGCUUCGUCUACCGUGCCUUCCCGCCGACCAUCAACCUCGGCUCCAUCACUGGCGGCACCGAUAUCAUCAGUCUUUUCGGGGAUCCGUGCCCGCUGCUGCCUGUGUACGCCGGCGAGAUCCAGUGCGCGGGACUCGGCAUGGCCAUCGGAGUUGCUGACUCCGUGACCGGUGAGCCGACGCCAGGGGAAGACGGUGAGCUCGUAUGCACGCAGCCCUUCCCCUGCCAACCCCUGACCUUUUGGGGCCCUGGCGGCGACGCCAAGUACAAGGCAUCGUACUUUGAGCGGUUCGAAGGCGUGUGGCACCACGGCGACUUCGUGCGCAUCGACCCGCGGACGGGAGGGCUCACAAUGCUGGGCCGCAGCGACGGCGUGCUCAAGCCGUCGGGCGUGCGUUUCGGCAGUGCCGAGAUCUACAACAUCCUCACGCGCUACUUUGGCGGCGAGGUCGAGGACGCCGUGUGUGUGGGCCGCCGCCGCGAGACGGACAUCGAUGAGACCGUCUGCCUGUUCGUCGUCAUGUGCGAGGGCAAGGCGUUCGGGCCUGAGCUGGCUGCCCGUAUCAAGGACACCAUCAAGAAGGAGCUGAGCCCAAGACAUGUGCCCGGCAUCGUCGAGGAGGCUGGCGCCGGGAUCCCGAGGACCGGCAACGGGAAGAAGAUCGAGGUUGCAGUUAAGCAAAUUCUCAGCGGCAUUAAGAUUAAGACCAAUGCCAGUGUGGCUAACCCAGAAGCACUUGAGUGGUUUCAGAAGUGGGCUGCCACCGCUGCGCAGGGGACUAAGCGACGUCACUCGCAGUCGGCCAAGUAG